UUUUGUUAGGUAGCUUCAUCCCUUUUACCCCGUAAUUGACUACUAUUGAUGCGUCUAGGUGACCGUGGUGGCACGUGCCACCUGAAAAGUCAAGGAUGUUCAAGGUGUUUUGCUGAAGCAGCACUUUUGAGAGGCCUAAAUCUUAGUAACCGCUGGUCCGCUGGGGUGAUUGAGUUGAGGUCAUUUUUUGUAGGGUAGUUGCGUCUCUUUUACCAGAUAUCGGAUGCUCUCGAUGCACGCGGAUGACCCCCCAUUGCACGUGCCAAAUGUAAAAUGUAGAGGUGUCAGGUUUGUUCGUGUCAAAAUAACUCGGCACUUACUGGAGCGAUUGUGUUGAAGCUUGCUCGAGUACAGCGCCGCACUAGUCGGCCUGUAAGGAGCGUUCAGUGCGCCACCGGCGGCGUCUGAGGGCGGUGCUGCCCAGCCAUGGCCGGUCUGCGCGCGCUGGCAGAGGGUCUCGGCCGGCGGCGGCCCGGCUCCAGGCCGCUGGCCACGGACUCACUGCGCGUCCGGCAGCAGUUCGAGCCGCCGCCGCCAGAGGCGCUGCAGUGGUUCCCCGGACACAUGCGCGACGGCUGGCACCAGAUGGAGGCCAAGCUGCGCGCCGUCGACGCCGUCAUCGAGGUGCACGACGCGCGCGUGCCCCUCUCCGGACGGAACGCCCGCAUCGCGCAGACGCUGGCGGCCCGGCCGCGCCUCCUGGUGCUCAACAAGGCGGACCUGAUCUCGGCGGAGGCGCGCCGGCUGGUGCGCCGCCGGCUGGAGCGCGACUCGCCCUGCCCGGUGCUGUUCACCUGCUGCCGAGACCAGGCCGACGCCGGACUGCGCGGUGUGGCGCGCGCGCUCGCCGCCCUCAUCGCCGGACAGGAGCGGGCCGCGCGCGCCGACGCCCGCGAGUUCAACUGCAUGGUGGUGGGCGUGCCCAACGUCGGCAAGUCGUCGCUCAUCAACGCGCUGCGCAGCGUGCACCUGCGGCGCGCGGCGGCCACGCCGGUGGGUGCGCGCGCCGGCGUCACCCGCUCUGUGCUGACCCGUAUCAAGGUGUCGGCGCGGCCGCUGAUCUACGUGCGCGACACGCCCGGCGUGCUGGAGCCGCGCCUGGAGGGCGCCGAGGCCGGCCUGCGGCUGGCGCUCUGCGCGGCCAUGCAGGACCACCUGGUGGGGCCGCGCCUGCUCGCUGAUUACCUGCUCUACUGGAUGAACCGGCGCGCCAACCACACCUACGUGUCCUACAUGGGCGUGACAGGGCCCACGGACGACGUAGACCGGCUGCUGGCCAGCAGCGCCGCGGCGCGCGGACGCUAUGUGCGUGUGCGGGACGUGGCCGCCGGCGGUGUGCGGCAGAUGCCGGACGUGCGCGAGGCGGCGCUGCACAUGGUGCGCGGGUUCCGCAGCGGCGCCUUCGGCCAGCUGCUGCUCGACGAUGACGUGUUGGAGGAGCGAGCGCCGCCGCCGGCCGGCUGACAGGGACGCGCCGCUCCGGUGAUAUGGUGCCUGCGUCAUAAUGACUCAUGUGCAAUCAGGUCAGGGUAGACUGGACAUUGUCUAGCGCGAGUUUUGUACUGUACUUUUGUGAUGUUGUUUAUUGUGUAUGCUUGUUCUGCUUGAAGUGAAUCAUGACUGUACAUGGGCUUGGAACCCUGAAAAUGUACUACAAUAUAACGUCACUUGCA